AUGUGUUCCCUUUAUUCUACUAUCCAACUAUAUAUUAUGAUAUUUAAUUUUACUAACAGAAGUGUUUCAUUGAACUUUUCUAGAGGUGGUAAAUCAUCAAUUUGUAAAGUUGUAUUUCACAACAUGCAACCGUUGGACACUUUAUACCUUGAGUCAACUUCUAAUCCAACGGUGGAACAUUUUUCAACCCUAAUUGAUUUAGCAGUUAUGGAACUCCCAGGUCAGUUAAACUAUUUUGAACCGAAUUACGACUCAGAAAGGCUAUUCAAGAGUGUCGGUGCUUUAGUAUAUGUGAUUGAUUCGCAAGAUGAGUAUAUGAGUGCUAUUACAAAUCUGGCUAUGAUUAUGGAAUAUGCUUAUAAGGUCAACCCUUCUAUUAAUAUCGAGGUUCUGAUCCAUAAAGUUGACGGUUUGAGUGAAGAAUUUAAAGUAGAUGCACAACGUGAUAUAAUGAGACGAACUGGUGAAGAACUUUUGGAGUUAGGCAUGGAUGGUGCACAAGUUUCUUUUUAUCUAACAUCUAUUUUCGACCACUCUAUUUAUGAAGCUUUCUCUAGAAUUGUACAAAAAUUAAUCCCUGAGUUGUCAUUUUUAGAGAAUAUGUUAGAUAAUCUAACUCAACAUUCUAAAAUUGAAAAAGCAUUUCUAUUUGAUAUUAAUUCUAAGAUAUACGUCUCAACAGAUUCUAACCCUGUCGAUGUGCAAAUAUACGAAAUAUGUGCUGAAUUUGUUGAUAUAUCGAUUGAUCUGCAUGAUCUUUAUAAAGCAACAGCAAACAAUAAUAAGAUUCAAGAUGGUAAAGCUCUCCGUCCCAGGGACUUAAAGAAUGUCUCUCAAUUGGAAAAUGGUACAAUACUUUAUUUAAGACAAAUGAUCCGUGGCCUAGCAUUAGUAGCCAUCAUUAGACCCGACGGUAUGGAUAUGGAGAGUUGUCUAACAGUGACUGAUUAUAAUGUUGAUAAUUAUAAGAAGUCCCUUGAGGAAGUUUGGGCUGACUCUAAAAUAACUACUUCAAAUUCUUUUAUAACACAAUCAUGA